CCCUCCCUCUCCGGGAUUACCCGCAGGCCGCCGCCAGCCACCAUGGGGUUGAAGGCCGCCCAGAAGACUCUCUUUCCUUUGCGCUCCAUUGACGACGUGGUGCGACUCUUCGCUGCCGAACUGGGCCGAGAGGAACCGGACCUGGUGCUUCUGUCCUUGGUCUUGGGCUUCGUAGAGCAUUUCCUGGCUGUCAACCGGGUCAUUCCCACCAAUGUGCCCGAGCUCACCUUCCAGCCCAGCCCAGCGCCCGACCCCCCUGGCGGCCUCACCUACUUCCCUGUAGCUGACCUGUCCAUCAUCGCUGCUCUCUAUGCCCGCUUCACGGCCCAGAUCCGCGGAGCUGUCGACCUGUCCCUCUACCCCCGGGAGGGAGGUGUCUCCAGCCGUGAACUGGUGAAGAAGGUCUCUGAUGUCAUUUGGAACAGCCUCAGUCGAUCCUACUUCAAGGAUCGGGCCCACAUCCAGUCCCUCUUCAGCUUCAUCACAGGUUGGAGCCCAGCAGGCACCAAAUUGGACAGCUCUGGUGUGGCCUUUGCUGUGGUGGGGGCUUGCCAGGCCCUAGGUCUCCGGGAUGUCCACCUGGCCCUGUCUGAGGACCACGCCUGGGUUGUAUUUGGGCCCAACGGGGAGCAGACAGCUGAGGUCACCUGGCAUGGCAAGGGCAACGAGGAUCGCAGGGGCCAGACGGUUAACGUGGGCGUGGCUGAACGGAGCUGGCUAUACCUGAAAGGAUCCUACAUGCGUUGUGACCGCAAGAUGGAGGUGGCAUUCAUGGUAUGUGCCAUCAACCCUUCCAUUGACCUGCACACUGACUCUCUGGAGCUGCUGCAGCUGCAGCAGAAAUUGCUGUGGCUGCUGUAUGACCUAGGACACCUGGAAAGGUACCCCAUGGCACUGGGAAACCUGGCAGAUCUGGAAGAGCUGGAGCCCACUACUGGCCGGCCAGACCCACUUACCCUGUACCAUAAGGGCAUCACCUCAGCCAAGACCUACUACCGGGAUGAGCACAUCUACCCCUACAUGUACCUGGCUGGCUACCACUGUCGCAACCGCAACGUGCGGGAAGCCCUGCAGGCCUGGGCCGACACGGCCACUGUCAUCCAGGACUACAACUACUGCCGGGAAGAUGAGGAAAUCUACAAGGAGUUCUUUGAAGUAGCCAAUGAUGUCAUACCCAACCUGCUGAAGGAGGCAGCCAGUCUGCUGGAGGCCGGUGAGGAGCGGCCAGGGGAGCAGACACAGGGCACCCAGAGCCAAGGCUCUGCUCUCCAGGACCCCGAGUGCUUUGCCCACCUCCUGCGCUUCUAUGAUGGUAUCUGCAAAUGGGAAGAGGGCAGCCCCACACCUGUGCUACACGUGGGCUGGGCCACCUUCCUUGUGCAGUCUCUGGGCCGUUUUGAGGGACAGGUGCGCCAGAAGGUGCGAAUCGUGAGCCGUGAGACCGAGACAGCCGAGGCGGAGGAACCGUGGGGUGAGGAGGCCAGGGAAGGCCGGCGGCGUGGCCCAAGGCGGGAGUCCAAGCCCGAGGAGCCUCCCCCGCCUAAGAAGCCAGCGUUGGACAAGGGUACAGGCGUAGGUCAGGGUGCAGUGCCGGCUCCGCCCCGGAGACUCCCAGGCACAGGCCCAGUCUCCGCCCGUGGCUCUGAGGGCAGCAGCGCGGCCCCAGCAUCCACGCCUGCACCCGCAGUGUCACCGCCCCUAGAGGGUCCGGUGCUCACGUUCCAGAGUGAGAAGAUGAAGGGCAUGAAGGAGCUGCUGGUUGCCACCAAGAUCAACUCGAGCGCCAUCAAGCUGCAGCUCACCGCGCAGUCUCAGGUGCAAAUGAAGAAGCAGAAGGUGUCCACGCCCAGUGACUACACGCUCUCCUUCCUCAAGCGGCAGCGCAAGGGCCUCUGAA